AUGACAUCACCUAAGACCGACGAGUAUUACCUUUACCUUGCCCCAUCAAGGCACCUAACAGCAUGCAUUUAUGUAACCAAACCAUGUGACUGUAUUAAAGCUCUUUCCAGGUCACUUAAUGAAGCCCCUGAGUCAACGCCACAGGAGGCACUCAUUCUGGACAUCUGGCGCACCCUAAAAGAGAAAGCUGGACGACCACGUGACCUGGGAUCUCCGAUGUGCCUGGGACUUCAGCACGCUGGUUCUACGGAAGCCAAAAAGGAAGUGAGGUUCCGUGAAUCAUCUGAGCUGUGUGGCUUGGAGGAACAACUUCGUAUACAGCAUGAGGAACGAGCUCGCCGUCCACAGCCAUCGGAGAGAGAUCUUUCAAGGUACUUCCAGUACUUGAAUGAAGGAAUUGCAGAUCACCAAGUGACAACACCACCACCAAAUCUUCUGAAGGUCGUGACCCUGGACGUAGACAAGAGUGUACUGAGAAAUAUCAGAUUCCGCCUCGUGGUCAGCGACUUGGUAGAGGAACUGAGGGAAUGUUACCUGAAGGGAGCCAGGAGCGCCGUUCUCACCUACGCGCUGCACUGUCCCGCGAUUCGAGCAAAGCUGGGCAUCAGCGUUCCACCAGCACAUCACGAGCCAUUGGUGAUCAGAGCGCCAGUCCCUUGGCACCAAAGCUUUGUCACUGGAGCGCAUCACUGUUACCAUAACCUUUUUGCCGUCAACCAUAUCCUGAACUCUUUGGACGUCAUAUGGGAAGAAAGAUUCGCCAACUUGAGGUUCGUGAACAUGAAGGCGCUGGAGGGAAAGUCCGACCACGAGGCCCUAACCCCCCAGGCCCUUGAAAAAGCUGUCAAAUCACAAUGUGCCCAGACCAGGAACAUUCUGUUGACGAAGUGGCUUCCUGGUGUCGCUCGAAUCUUCGGCGAUAUGAUCGACCAGUGGAGGUCGCUGGUCCCCACAGACGUCUCCGACAGUCUGCGACAAGUGAGGCGGUUUUUCAGCUCAGUAAGAUCCAGGAUGUCGCUACAGCUGCGGCAGCUUGUCCUGAAUUCUAUCAGCGACUUCAGAGAUUGCCUCAUAAGGCACAGGGCUGGAAAUGACUACUGUGGGGAGUACGUUGAGGAGGACUUCAUCGAGCAAGCGGUUGUCGAGGUCUCCGUGGCUGUGAGGGGCAACCAGGUGCUCUUCGAUCCUCCACUCGAGCAGACCCACAAACACUUGCUCAAUUGCUUGGCAGCAAUCAUCCAGCACAACCAGAAGCUCCCCAGAGUGGAAAAACUUCUCUUCCCUGAGAUGUCCCGGCGUCGCCUCUAUCUCCAGGCUGUUAGUCCGGACGAGGAGGCCGUGGUGUCUGUCAGGAAGGAAAUUUCGACAAUUUUCUCCGUGAACGCUCCUGGCCCUGUCACCUACGCUGCAGUUUAUGAACAGUACAUACAUCUUUUGGACGGCACGACCGCUACAGAUGUCAAAGAUUUUAUCGAGAACUGUGGGUUGUUGAAGCAAGGAAAGAAGCGACUGUCUACUCUGAAGACCGUCGGUGAGGAGGUGGUCAGACUCUACGACUUCGUGCCCCUCGGUCUCGUACUCCUGAACUGCGUCGUUGUCAACAAAAGACUUCGAGUUCAGGUGGCAGAAUUAAACAAGUCGAUCCAAGACUACUUCGUGCUGAGGAACAAGGAACACGAUAAAGACAUAUGUCGGAACUUUGACGAGAUGUCCACCAGGCUGAGUCAAGUGACCGACGUGACCGCUGAGAUCGUCGAACUCAGCAACUACCUACACGUGUGCUCAUCCCAGACCAUGACGCAACUCCUCAUGGAGAUUCAGAAUGCAACUGACAGGCUCAUGUUCCUCUUGCAGUUUGGUAAAGUGCCCGAGGACCAAGUUGCUCUGAUUCAUCGCAUGUACGCCUGGCCCCACAAAAUCCAAGAGGACUUCCUGCUGGCUGAAGCUAGAAUCUCCCACAAGAGGGACCUCAAAGAGACGGCGCUCAAGGGUCGCAUCGCAGAUUUUGAAAAGACGCUGCAACAGUAUAACAAAGAACUGGAUGACCUUAAGGGGAGGGACAACUUCAUCAUGAAAGAGAUCCGCGUGGACACCAUGAAGAAGAAUGUCGAGAUGCUGGAUCGCCUCACCAGGCAGUUCCAGAACGCCAAGGCUGAACUCUCGUCCAUCAACGAAGAGCAGAGUCUCCUGAGUUGGGAGAAAACCAAGUUCCCUCUCCUGCAGGCGAUGAUUUCGCAGAAGGAACCCUACGACAUGCUGUGGCACACCACUUACGACUUCCACCAGAAAUAUGAACUCUGGUACAACGGUCCUUUUGCUGGUCUGGACGCAGAAGCCAUCAACGAGGAAGUGGAGGCAAUGUGGACGACUAUGUACAAACUGACCAAGACAUUCAUGGAUCAGGUAUCAUUGCCUUUGACAGAGUACGCGAAGGAGAGGAUAGAGAAAUUCAGACUGCACGUUCCUGUUCUUCAAUGCAUUUGCAACCCUGGUCUUCGGGAACGUCACUGGAAUCAGCUCGGGGAACAUCUGGGCACGGAACUGAACCUGCAGCCGGAGACGUCUCUAGCGGACAUGAUCGAGGUCGGUCUGCCUUCAGUUCAGCGGAAACUGGAGGAAAUCAGUCACGCUGCCUCGAAGGAGUUCAGCCUCGAGAAGGCUUUGGAGAAGAUGAAGGGCGAGUGGGCCAAUGUCCUCUUCGAGUUCAAACCGUGGAGGGAAACUGGGACAUCCAUCUUGGCUGCAGUGGACGACAUCCAGGUCCUGCUAGACGAACAACACACAAAAGGUGGCAGACGAUGAGGGGUCACCUUACUCAAGCCCUUCGAAGCCGAAAUUAGGGCGUGGGAGGAGAAACUUCUGUCGAUGCAGGAUAUCUUAGAUGCUUGGAUCAAGUGCCAAGUAACGUGGCUCUAUCUCGAGCCGAUCUUCUCGUCCGAGGACAUCAUGAAACAAAUGCCUGUUCGAAGGGAGGAAGUUUACUCGCGUGGACCGCCCACUUGGAGGCGAGCUCAUGGUGGGACAGCCGUCAAGGAUCCUCACGGCUUCUGUAGCCUGAGGCAGCCCAACAUGCUCACCAGGUUGCACGAGUGUAAUCAUCUGCUGGAGGAGAUACAGAAGGGCCUCAAUGAUUACCUUGAAAAGAAGCGUCUCUUCUUCCCAAGGUUCUUCUUCCUCUCGAACGACGAAUUGCUGGAGAUCCUCUCCGAGACGAAGGACCCGCAGCGCGUACAGCCCCACCUGAAGAAAUGCUUUGAGGGCAUCAGCAAGCUUCAUUUCUCAUCGCAGCAAGAGAUCGAGGGCAUGAUAUCCGCCGAGGGAGAGCUCGUCCAGUUCAGCAACAGAGUCAUCCCGUCAAAAGCUAGGGGACUGGUGGAGCGCUGGUUGGUCGAGGUGGAGGAGAUGAUGGUGCAGAGCGUCCAAGACGUUGCCGUCAGGGCCGUCGAGAACCACCCCUCGACGCCCCACAAGUUGUGGAUCACCCAGUGGCCUUCCCAGGUCGUCCUCACAGUAGCCCAGAUCGUCUGGACGACCGAAGUGACCAGCGCCAUUCUCAACAAGGGACUCAAGGAAUACCUUGAGGUCUGCAACUCUCGCAUCGAAGAAGUCGUAACGAUGGUCAGAGGUCACCUGGAACAUGGAACAAGGCUGACUCUUGGAGCCCUUAUCGUCACUUACGUUCAUGGACGGGAGGUUGUGGAGGAACUCAUUAGAAAGAACGCAUCUUCCACCAAUGAUUUUUCAUGGGUGUCUCAACUCCGAUAUUACUGGAUCAAUGAGCUGGUUGUGGUGGACAUGAUCAUGACGCGUUUGCAGUAUGGCUACGAAUAUCUAGGAAACACCUCCAGGCUAGUGAUCACACCCCUCACUGACCGAUGCUUCAGAACUUUGAUGGGUGCCCUGAAUCUGCAUCUCGGAGGGGCUCCAGAGGGUCCUGCUGGCACCGGCAAGACAGAAACCUGCAAAGAUCUGGCCAAGGCAGUGGCUAAGCAGUGCAUCAUAUUCAACUGUUCUGAUGGCCUAGACUACAAAGCCAUGGGCAAGUUCUUCAAAGGCUUGGCGCAGAGCGGUGCUUGGGCCUGCUUUGACGAGUUUAAUCGCAUAGAGUUGGAAGUUCUGUCAGUCGUGGGCCAACAGAUCCACACAAUUCAGACUGCCGUCAGCCGCAGAGCGAAAAGAUUUAUCUUUGAAGGGGUCGAUCUCGCACUGAAUCCAAGCUGUAAUAUUUUCAUUACUAUGAAUCCCGGGUACACUGGCCGUCGGGAAUUACCGGACAACCUGAAGGUCCUCUUCCGCACCGUAGCCAUGAUGGUGCCUGAUUACGCCAUGAUUUCCAAAAUCUCCCUCUUUUCCAUGGGAUUCGUUCAGGCUGAGAGCCUGGCUCGCAAGAUAGUAGACACAUACAAACUGUGUUGCGAGCAGCUGUCGUCUCAGCACCACUACGACUACGGCAUGAGGGCCGUGAAAGCGGUCCUCCUGGCAGCUGCCAAUCUGAAGCAGUUGAGCCCCGACCUCCCCGAGCCGCAGAUUGUCCUGAGGGCCAUCAGGGACGUCAAUAUACCCAAGUUCCUCGCUCAGGAUGUGCCCCUGUUUGAGGGAAUCGUGCAAGACCUGUUUCCGUCCGAGAAGGGUCAGACGGUAGAAAACGACCAGUUUCUCGAAGCAGCUCUCAGGAAGACUCUGGAGGAGAAUAAUCUACAGGCUGUACCUUGGUUCAUGGAGAAGAUGGUUCAACUGUAUAACAUGGUUCUGGUUCGUCAUGGGGUCAUGAUUGUUGGCGAGCCUCUGAGUGGGAAGACUCAGGCCUAUCAGGGACUGGCAACAGCUGUCGACAGGGCCGGAAGGGACAAGCAGCUGCCAGACGAACGUGGGGUCCAGUAUAAGAUCAUCAACCCAAAGUCCCUGACCCUCGGGCAACUCUACGGGGCUUAUGACCCCUUUUCACACGAGUGGUCUGAUGGGGUUUUGGCCAAAGCUUUCCGCGAGAUGGCUGUGUCGACUUCGGAGGAGCGCCGCUGGCUUGUCUUCGACGGCCCUGUGGACGCAGCUUGGGUCGAGAAUCUGAACACGGUGCUCGAUGACAACAAAAAGCUAUGUCUCAUGUCUGGAGAAAUUAUACAGAUGCCCAAUAAAAUGAGCGUCAUGUUCGAGACUUCGGAUCUAGAGCAGGCGUCUCCAGCAACGGUGUCUCGUUGUGGGAUGGUUUACAUGGAGAAUAAACAGCUCGGAUGGAGGCCUUUGAAGGACUCGUACAUGAACACCUUACCCGAAGCCAUCACCGAGGCAGUGAAGGAGAUGUUGGAGGAGGUCCUCGAGUGGCUUCUUCCGCCUAUUUUCGACUUCGUCCACAAGAAGUGCAAGUUUAUGAUCGAUACUUCCGAGCUCCACCUUUUCCAGUCAUUUUCGAGACUUCUCGAUUCGCUGCUAGACGAAGUGCGGGAAGCGGGAAAGCCCCUCGGAAUCAAGAUGUCCGACGACAAACUCACCUGUCUCCUUCAGUGUCUAGUCACAUUCGUUGUUCCCUGGACGAUUGGGUCGACAAUAACAGGCACAAGCCGACGUCUGUUCGACCAGUUUUUCCGGACGCUACUCCAGGGAAAGAUGGAUAAAUACCCGAAGCCAGAUUGUUUCAGGUUGACCCGUGCCAUGCUGCCUCCCGACACGGGUCUUGUUUACGACUAUUUGUACGACAAAGAGACACAGAAGUGGGUUCCUUGGUUCGACACCAUUGAUAAAGAACGACUCCUCAUCCCCCCCGAUGCAAAGAUCACGAAGCUGUUGAUUCCCACCGCCGAGACAGCCCGCCAGGAAUACUUCAUCCGUACGUGUCUGGAACACGACGUACCCAUGCUCCUCCUGGGCCCGACUGGCACCGGGAAGAGUGCCAUCACGAACAUGGCACUUGUUAAUCUACCCAAGGAAAAGUUCAUCAUCAAUACCAUCAAUUUCUCGAGUCGAACCACAGCUGGGCAAGCACAAGAUAUUAUCAUGUCGAAGGUGGACAGACGCCGGAAAGGCGUGUUCGGACCAGCCAUGGGAAGGAAAUAUGUCGUCUUCAUCGACGACGUCAACAUGCCGCAGAAGGAGACUUACGGAGCGCAGCCACCCAUCGAAUUCCUGAGGCAGUGGCUCGAUCACAAACACUUCUAUGAUAAGAAGGACACCUCCAAAAUAGAACUGGUUGAUUCGCUGUUUGUCGGUGCCAUGGCUCCCCCGAGUGCCGGUCGCAACAGCAUCUGCGGUCGAUUCACGCGUCAUCUGAAUGUGCUGUGCAUCGAUGCCUUCGACGACGCCACCCUCGAUAAGAUCUUCGGCGCCAUUGUCGCUUGGCAUUUCUCCACGCAGGAGGACUCGACCAUCCAGCAGCUCCAGAGGGCCGUAGUCCAGGCAUCUCGCGAAGUCUACAAAAGAGUGAGCUCUGCCUUCCUCCCAACCCCAGCCAAGAGUCAUUAUGUCUUUAACCUGCGGGAUUUCUCGAGGGUUAUCAACGGCAUUCUGCUGGUGCCCAACUCUGCCCUGAGCACAGUCGAGAAGCUCAUGAGACUGUGGCUUCACGAGGUCUACAGGGUCUUCCAUGACAGGCUGUGCGAUGAUGCUGACAGGAACGAAUUCUACGAAAUCGUCAGGGAGGUCGGAGAGACAAACUUCCGCCAGAAACUCGACCAUGUCUUAGACCACUUGGUACCCAAGAGCGAGGAGCUGAACCCUUCGCAUGUCGACUCCUUGAUAUUUGGUGAUUAUAUGAUACCUGACGCUGAAGAAAAGGUCUAUGACGAGAUCCAGGAUAUGUCAGACCUAACUCAGGUGAUGGAGACGUACUUGAAUGAGUAUAAUGUGGUAAGCAAGUCCACCAUGUCGCUGGUCAUGUUCCAGUACAUGAUCCAACACGUUGCACGCAUUAGCCGGGUACUGAAGCAAAACUGCGGCCACGCUUUGCUCAUCGGCUUUGCAGGAUCAGGUCGCCAGAGCUGCACGAAACUGGCAGCUUUUAUGGCUAAUUAUGACUUGUUCCAGAUUGAAGUGACGAAGACUUAUGGCGUAGCCGAAUGGAGGGAUGACAUCAAGAAGGUCAUGAUGAAAGCUGGGGGAGAUGGAAAGCCAACAGUCUUCCUCCUCAUGGACAACCAAAUUGAAGACGAGAGCUUUAUCGAAGACGUCAACACAUUGCUCAACACCGGAGACCUACCAAAUUUGUACACCAAUGAGGAAAAGGCAGAAAUUCUGGAGAAGAUUCAGGCAGUUGCUAAAGAUGAGGGCGCCAAGAUGGACCCAUCGCCUGCCACUCUCUACGCAUUCUUCAACGAGCGGGUUCGAGCCAACCUCCACCUGGUUGUGGCUGUCUCUCCCAUUGGGGACACCUUCAGGUCUCGAUUAAGAAGAUUCCCGUCUUUAAUCAACUGUUGCACCAUUGACUGGUUCCAAGCCUGGCCUGAAGAAGGCCUGGAACGAGUCGCUUCAACUCUGCUGGAGGAAGCGAAGCUGGAAGCUUCUUUGCUGAAACGGUGCGUCUCAGCUUGCGUCUAUUUCCACCACACUAUAAAGGAGCUGAGUCAGAGAUAUUACGAGCAACAUGGCAGGCGUUGUUACGUGACUCCUACUUCGUUCCUGGAGGUGGUCUUCACUUUCAAGAAACUCCUGCUCAAAAAGCGCUCCGAGAUUCUUACCCUGAGGGAUAGGUACGUAACCGGCCUGGAAAAGCUGAAAGAAGCUAAACUGCUGAUUACAGAACUGCAAGAGGAACUGAAGAUGUUGCAGCCACGGCUCGUCGAGACUUCAGCUAACACGGAAGCCCUGAUGAUUAAAAUUGAACAAGACACCAUUCAAGUAGAGAGGAAGAAGGAGCUGGUGGCCGCUGACGAGGCUGUGGCAAAUAAGAAAUUUGCCGACGCUCAAUCUAUCAAGGAUGACUGCGAGAAGGAACUGGCAAAGGCAGUUCCCGCUCUGAAUGCUGCUACAGACGCCCUGAACACGCUUAAGCAAGACGACAUCAGGGUCGUGAAAGCCAUGAAAAACCCACCUCCAGGAGUCAAACUGGUCAUGGAAGCCGUGUGUGUCAUGCUAGAGGUCAAGCCGGAACGAAAGCCCGACCCAAGUGGGUCUGGAAAGAUGAUCGAGGACUUUUGGGCGCCGUCGCAGAAGCUCUUGGGAGACAUGAAGUUCUUGCAGAAUCUCCUGGAUUACGACAAGGAGCACAUUCCAACCAAGAUCAUCACCUUAGUUAGGAACAAAUUCUACAGCCAUCCCGAUUUCGACCCGAAGAAGAUUCGGAUGGUUUCCAUGGCCUGCGAGGGCCUGUGUCGGUGGGUGAGGGCCAUGGUGGUCUAUGACCAGGUCAUCAAAAUUGUCGCCCCGAAAAAACAGGCGCUCGAAGCUGCCAAUCACGAGCUCGCCCUUCAAAAUGAGAAGCUGGAGGAGAAGAGGAAGGAACUGAGAGAGGUGACAGACAAACUGCAGGCCCUGAAUGACGAGUUCACGAAGAAACAGAAGGAGAAGAAAGAUCUCGAGGAUUCCAUCGUCAGGUGUGAACAGAAGAGGGACAGAUCAGAGAGGCUCAUCGGAGGCUUAGGAGGAGAAAGGGACAGAUGGAGCAGCGAAGCGCAACAGCUGAGCGAGAGCUUGGAGAACGUCGUCGGGGACGUCCUGAUCGCCGCUGCCAUCAUAGCCUACCUGGGGCCCUUCACAGUCGACUACAGACAGGAAUGUGUCAAGAAGUGGCACUCUCACUGUCAGGAGCUUGGGAUAUCCUGCAGUCCGACGUUUUCUCUCUACGACACAUUGGGCGACACAGUGCAGAGUCGGACUUGGCAAUUGGCAGGUUUACCCGUCGAUGAGUUCUCCGUCGAUAACGGCAUCAUUGUCGCGUACUCGAGGCGAUUCCCACUCAUGAUAGACCCGCAAGGUCAAGCCAAUAAAUGGAUCAUGAACAUGGAGAAAGAAAACGGGCUCUUGGUGACGAAACAGACGGACCCUUCCUUCAUCAGGACGGUGGAAGAGGCACUGCAGAAAGGAGUGCCCCUGCUGAUCGAAGGUGUUGGAGAGGACAUCGAUCCAGUUCUAGAUCCUGUGCUGCUGAAGCAGACGUACAAACAGCAAGGUGUGGACCACGUCCGUUUCGGUGAGCAUCAGAUCGAGUUCCGCAGUGGCUUCAAACUCUAUUUCACGACGAGGCUGAGGAAUCCCCAUUACCUCCCGCAGAUUACCGUCAAGGUUGUCCUUGUGAACUUCCUUAUUACCCAGCUCGGUCUGGAGAACCAGUUGUUAGGUCUGGUUGUGGCCCACGAAAGGCCUCAGCUUGAAGAACGGAAGAACCGGCUAUUGGUGGAGUCUGCUCAUAAUCGCCGCGCACUGCAAGAGACCCAGGAGAAAAUCCUCGAGGUUCUUUCGACUGCCGGCCAAAAUCUUCUCGAAGAUGAAAAGGCGAUUGAUAUCAUGUCCUCCAGCAGGGUUCUGUCACAGGAGAUAUCUGCUAAGGAGGAGGUUGUCCAACAGACCGAGAUGGAAAUCGACGAAGCCCGCAGUGCAUACCAGCCGGUAGCCAUUCAUGCCUCCGUUCUUUUCUUCUGCGUCUCGGAUAUGGCAGCUAUAGAACCCAUGUACCAGUACUCCCUGGCCUGGUUUAUCAGUCUCUACCAUCAGUCCAUUAGGAGUUCGGCCACAAGCGAAAACGUCGAGUCAAGAAUCGAAUUGCUGAAUUCGUAUUUAACAAGAGCCAUUUUUCUGUCAGUCAGCCGAUCUCUCUUUGAGAAAGACAAGAUGCUCUUCUCCUUCAUCUUGUGUGUGAGACUUCAGCAAGCACAGGGUUCUCUUAACGAAGACGUGUGGCGCUUCUUACUAACCGGAGGAAAAGGCCUCAUUGACAGCUCCACAGGUUCUCCUCCAACGUCGUGGCUUUCGGACAGAGCCUGGCACCAACUCAUCCAGGCCGGGAGAUGUGAAAGCCUGUCAGGCAUAGAUGAGCACCUAACCAAGAACCUUCCGCUCUGGGAGGAGGUGCACGAGUCUCCCGUGCCUCAUCAGACGCCUUUCCCAGAGCCUUAUCGUGAUCUGAGCGCCCUUGAGAGGCUGGCUGUGCUUCGAUGCAUAAGGCCAGAUAAGGUCACGCUCGCUAUUCAGGACAUGAUUGAAAAGCAGCUAGGGGAGGAAUACCUCUCGCCACCUCAAUUCAACAUUUCUUCCUCCUUCGAUGACUCCACCUGCAGGACUCCUCUUAUUUUCAUCCUUUCUCCUGGAACGGAUCCAGUGGCAUCCCUCCAAAGAUUCGCAGAGGAAAAACAGAUUCCAGACGAGGCUUUCCACGUUAUAUCUUUGGGUCAGGGGCAGGGAUCUGUGGCUGAGAACACGAUCGAGCAAGGGGCGGAGUCCGGGUGGUGGGUGGUCCUCCAGAAUUGCCACCUGGCCGAGAACUGGAUGGUCCGCCUGGAGAUCCUUUGCAGCCGAGUCCUCUCCUCUGAUUCCACUCAUUCCGACUUCCGUCUCUGGCUCACCAGCUACCCGUCACCAGCUUUCCCCGUGUCUCUGCUGCAGGACAGCAUCAAGAUGACCAACGAGCCCCCAAGAGGCCUAAGGGCCAACCUCAUCAAGUGUUACCACAGUGACCCCAUCAACGACCCUGAGUUCUUCGACGGCGGCGCCAACCAGCGACCCUUCCAACGACUCAUUUACGGCCUCUGCUUCUUCCACGCCCUUAUCCAGGAGCGCAGAAACUUCGGGCCCCUCGGCUGGAACGUGCCCUAUCAGUUCAACGAGUCAGAUAUUAAGAUCAGUGUCAAACAGCUCAAGAUGUUGGUUACCGAAUGCCAAUCCAUCGACGAUAUUCCUCUGGAGGCCCUUGUGUACCUGACGGGAGAAUGCAAUUAUGGAGGGCGGGUCACCGAUGUCAGGGACAGGCGUCUCCUCUUGUGUCUUCUGACGAAUUUCUACAACAGCGAUUUGAUUCAAGAAGAUGGAUACAAAGUCUGCGGAGUUGAAGAGUAUCGAGUUCCUGUCUGUGGAGGGUGGAAGGAACAUCUGGAUCAUAUAUCUACGCUUCCCCUGUCAGCUCCUCCGCAGGUCUUCGGGCUCCAUGAAAAUGCUGACCUUGCUAAAGACCAUAGAGAGACAGACCAGCUCUUCCGUGGGAUUUUAAUCCUGGAGCCACAGCUGAGAAGCAGCGCUGACAGCGAUGCAGCUGAAAUGGUGCUUGACUUAGCUUGUGAAAUUUUAGCCAGACUUCCUCCGUUGUUUGACAUCGCCCGUGUCGAAGAAAAGCAUCCACUUAGCUACAACCAGUCUCUGAACACAGUCUUAAAACAAGAGCUUCUGCGUUACAAUCGCCUGAUAGCUGCUGUGCGAUCAACGCUGAAGUCGGUGAAAAAAGCUGUGAGCGGCGAGAGCUUGAUGUCUGACGAAGUGGAGGACACCUACCAUUCACUCAUGCUGGGGAAAAUUCCCGCUGCCUGGGAGAAUCGGUCCUACCCUUCCAGGAAGGGUCUCGCUCCCUACAUAAGUAAUCUGUUGCAUAGGCUGAAAUUUUUCAAACGUUGGGCAGAGGAGAAAACUCCCGAUGUGUUUUGGUUUUCGGGGCUGUUCUUCCCUUACACAUUCCUUACUGGAAUACGACAGAAUUAUUCCAGGAAACACAGGAUUCCAAUUGAUCGUAUAUACUUCCAAUUUAAGGUGAUGGGGAAAGAGGUGGAGGAUAUCAUCAACGACUGUAUCAAGCCAAAUUUUGUCGAGCUUCCAGAGGUCAUUGAGACUCUCCCGACACCUAAUAUGCGGGGCAGAUACCAACCCCUUGACACUGAUGUUGAAGAGGAUCUCUCCCUCACCGAGGAACGUCACACUCACACUGAAGAGAAGAGUGAUGGCAAUUCCUUGGAUCGAGUGGAGGAGUGCCCAGAGAUGGAAGAAGCUGAUGAUGUCGGGGAACUUCCGUCCCUUGAGGAGAACAGCAUCGAGAGCAAUGAUGACGUCAUAUACAAAAUGAUUCCGCGACAGUGCGAGGGCGGCACUUACACUUGGGGCUUCUUCUUGGAAGGUGCCCGAUGGGACAGAGAACAGCACUGUCUUGUGGAAAUGGCUCCCAAACAGCUUCAUGAUCAGCUUCCCAUAAUUCUUUUCCAACCUGCUGUAUUGCCUGAAGGGGCUACCUUGGGCGAGGAGGAAGUGAACGGGGUAUACCGGUGUCCCGUUUACCGGACCAGCGAGCGUCGAGGGACGCUGUCCACCACGGGACACUCGUCCAAUUACAUCCUGGACCUGGUGUUGCCGUCUCCUCUUCCUUCCACCCACUGGAUCACCAGGGGCGCGGCCGCUCUGACGCAGCUCGACUAUUGAGGAGGAAACUAGCGGCCUCUCUGGUAGCAAAGCUUUAACCACUUUUUUUUAUUAUUAUUAUUUUGACGACAGAUUUCUUCGUUUCGUUAUCAUUGCUAUACAUGUUACUCCCUGCUGUUGUUGACAUCGACAUCGUCCAUCGCCCCUCCAUGAAAUUUCGUGUUAGAUUGAGCCAGUCUCUUCCGUCGUAGCUCAGGGUCCUUGGCAUCAGUCAGAGUUAUCGCAAGUGAUCAUCGUCAUCUUCUGCAGGUCUGCCUUUCGUGUUCAUUGUCAUAAGCAUAUGGCUGUUAUUAUCAAUGAGACUAGAUUACUUGUGUCACCUUAAUCUCAUCUUUCAUCGCAUUAUUCCUCCUCUAAAUGUUUGAUUUAUUUCACGUCAUUUUGCUUAGAUUGUCAUUAUUAGAAUUAAUAUCAGUAUUUUGAGUUGUUCUCUCUCUCUCUCUCUUUUCCAUUCCGGGAUUUUGACUUCAUUUGUAUAUGAAUAAUCAACAAAUAAUAAACUUACUAAACGCCUUAGCGGAAUUGAUAUUACCGAAUGAACAUAAUUUUCAUUAUGCAAAGAUCGUAUCUUUGCGUUUCGAGUUUGAAAAGUUUUAUGGUGAAACUAAAUAUCAAGACUAAACUUACACAGAAAUCGGUGACAUUAAUUUUCUAUAUGAAAAGUCGAAAUCUUCUUGACUGUCAGUCAAGUGAAGUGAGUUGUUCAUAAGCGAAAGAAAAUACUUUUUUAAAUGACACAGCAAAAGGACCUCUUUACAUGGCAAAGAAAAUGUUCCUUCAAGCGAACGGAAAUGGAAGUCAGUUUCAUUUUGAACAUUUCAGAGCAGUCGAUAUUUUGUCAUUUGUGGCAACGGGUGGGUACGAUUUACCCUUGAAUUCACCUAAAGUACUGCAGUACAAGAGACGUUCAGGUGUGCCCGUCACAGCGCUUCCUGGCUCCUUUUACUCUCCAUCCAGUCUUCUGGGUCUAACCCACGUUGGCGUCCGACUUCCUACUUUGCUACGUGUUCCAGUUCCCACCCAUUAUGGAAGACGCAAUCUUUCGGGUAAUAUAGUGCUGUCAUAGAAAACAAUACUACUCAUCGCUUGAAGCGGUUACAUACUACGUAUAACUGUUUUGUCCAUGGGCUAGGUACCCAAACACCCUUCCCCCCCCUCCCCCACAACC